UCAUCUAGUGUGGAAGUGUCGCGUUGCAGAGCUGGGAAUCAUCACAGACGGAUCCCAAUAACCUUCUGUCCUCUCCGUGAUCCAUCCAUCUCUCUCUCUCUACCUAUAAUGAUGCUCGAUCAUAGCCUCAUCACUUUAUCCUCAUAAUUCCCGCAUCAUCCUUCUCUCUCUGUCUCCCUCUGUUUCUGGGACUCAGACAAUUCACAAGAGUUUCCUAAGAAGAGGACCUGCGAUUACUCCAUCGUUCAAUGGCUCCUCUAGGUGGGUCGCUCUUGGCAAUGCUCAUGCUCUCCCUGUCCUACGCUUCGCUGGCCACCUCGGCCUCGCCCCAGAAGCUGCUCUUCUCCACCAUCUCUGCAGCACCAGCGACGCUACCCAGCGUCGCCCCUCAGUCCUCCACCUCCACCACCGUCUCGGCUGCCCCGUCAUUCCUCCCAUCCUCCCCUCUCGCUCCCUCCCCGGCAUUGUCCCCCGACAUCGCCCCGCUCCUUCCCUCCCCUGGCAGCGAGGCAGCCGCCCCUGCCGCGUCCACGCAGCCUAUAAUCCCGUCCAGCCCAAGCCCGCCGAACCCAGACGACAUGCUCGCUCCCGGGCCCAACACCGCGUUGCCUCCAUCGGGCGCCUUGCCGGUCUCGGCCUCGCCAAGGGUUGGGAAUUCGUUUGUGGAAGCAGUCCUCUGUUCGUCAGUAGCAUUGUGCUUGGUGUUGCUUCCUGUCAUGUGAGUGCAAAAAUUUGCAGUCUGCCCAAGUGGGUGCUUUUGCUUUACUCUCGUCAUUGCAGAUUCAAGAUUCGCUUUUUACAAUUCAUAGUACCUGUUUGUAUGACAGCAAUUCUAUCCCUGCUUAUAUAAAAUAAUUGCUAUUCUUUAGUUAA